UCUCUAGCAAUUUUAAUUUAUUUUUUGUUCAUUAAUUGGCAAGGUGUAAAGAAGAAGAGGGGAGAAGACGACUUCGUUUAAAACUGUUGUUAAUUUUGUUUUAUUUCUAGUCGUACAUCCAAGUUCAACUAAUCGAAUUGUUCUAGUUAAAGCGGCUCCAAAAUAUGGCCGACGAGGGUGAUGAUUGGUUUGGUGCUGGCGAAGACGACGCACAACAGGAAUUAAAACCUAUUGGCAAACAAGCAAAAGAAGAACCGCCACCAGCGGAAGAGACUCCAGCUGCCCCAGAAGCUCCUCAAGCAGAAGCAACUGAGGAAGGAGCCAAGCCUGAAGCGGAAGAUGAAUAUUUAGAUCCCGAUAAAUUAUUAUUAUUCAAACAUUGGAUUAGGCCGAAAUUCCUACCGUACAAAUAUCUAUACAUAUAUAGACAAAAUUACUACGACGAUGUUAUGGAUUACUUGGACAAGAAGAGAAGAGGAAUUGCGAGAGACAUACCGAGAGCCCAAACAUGGGCCGAAAGAAUUCUAAGAACGUUUUCGAACAAAAUGACUCAACACAAAGUCUACACAGCGAGAAUUAGAAAUGAUCUAGAAUUUGUCGAAAAUACCAAAUUAAGUGAGAAGUUCUAUUAUUAUCAUAUCAAAAAUCAAUUCAAUAAACAAUUUUCACCAUUAUUAUAUUAAAUAACAAUAAAUAUCAACUAAUAAUAGAAAAUAUUUAUUAAAAUUAAUUUUUAAAAUAUGUAACCGCAAUCAAAUAUAUUUUUCUUUGCUUUGUCUAAUUCAACUACACAGUUUUAUUACUUUUAUUGUUAAGAAUUAAUAUUUAUAUUAAAUAUUACGUACUAUUUUAGAUAAUUCUAUUACAUAAUUAAAUCAAAUGUUUCAAGAUCCUAUUCAAUCUUUAAACAAUUUUUCAUUUCUUGCUUGGGAUUAGUACUAAUGUUUGUAUUAUCUCAGUGUCUUGUCUGUAUUCAAAUUUUAUUUAUAAAUUCGAUAAUUUUCCUCUCAAAUGUUUGCAAAACUUUUUUUUAUCAUAUUAAUUCAGUAGUCAGUUUUAAAGAUAGAUGUAUUUGAAUAUGAAUCUAGGUAAUCAAAACAAUUCAAAUCAUAGGAUUAAAAAUUUUGCUGGUAUUGGUUAUGGAUCCAAAUAAUGAUCAGUUUGGACAGGAUUAUUUCACUAUAAUGUCAGCAAUUCAAACAUUUUACCUAACCGCUAUAGCGUCAUUUGAAUGACGCUAUAGCGUUAUCAAUUCCAUUGUUUUGAUAAAAUUCUAUUAACAACUUGGUUGAGCUGUUAGUCCUGCAUAUUGGAAACUUUAUUGUAGGAAAACUUUUCCGACUGUUGAAUUAGCCUUCUAAAUCAACAGAUUUAAAUUCUAUUGAUAUUUUUAACAAUGUCAUGAUAUUUAUUGACAAGAACAUGCUACGUCAUUCAACAGUAUAUCGUGAAAUUUUUUGCAUUGAGGAUUUGUUAUGGAUUAAAGUUAGGGAUUGAAUUCUAGAACUAGAUAUUUAACUCGCUUACUUGGUGGGUAUAUUAGUUUCCUCCUCUAUUUUUUUUUAAUACCAUGUUCCUUUCUAUUAAUAUUUCUAUAGUCGAAGCCCCUGAGCUUAACUAAACUACAAGUUUGUAAAUAAAGCUUCUCGUCUCACACAUAACCCGAAAUAUGUGUUUAAGAAGAUAGGCUCCCGAAUAUUCUUUAAUGGCACUCAUACUUACCUAGAGCCGUCUACGGAAGUUUAUUAUUUAAAAAAAUUCAGUGGUCGACCGAUCAAAUAUUUCUGGACCUUUACGGAGCUCAGGCAGUGUUGUGAGCCCUAAGCAUUUAACGCAAUGCAACAGAAAUGAAAUUAACACUGCAAGCAUGAGAUUCAGAAAGAUUUUUUCUUAUAGUGUUCAGUUGAAGAGUUGAUAAAGAACAGAGACUCACUGAGGGCAACCUUGAGGCGUAUACUUGUAAAUGAUUAAGGUGCUGUAGUAUUUAAACCAUGUGAUUCCCCUAUUCGCAUAUUCACCUGUUUGCUAAGAUAUAUUUUUUUACUUUCAUAAUAUUACACAAGGAACUUUCUAUUUAAUUUUGCACUAAUUUGUCGUCGGUUUGGAGAUACCACGUUAACUAAAGAAUAACCAGAAACAGUUAAAGUGGGAAUCAAAAGAAUAUUCUACUUAUUUAGUUCUUAUUCAGGCAUAACAUCCACCACUUCCUCCACCAAUUUUCUUUCAUAAUUUUGGCAUUAUUAAUAUUGUUCCAAGGUUGCGAACAAUUAAAAAGUUGUAGCAUUACUAUUAACAUAUGCAAGUAUGGCAGAUGUUUUAGAUUUAAUUGCAAAGGAGACAACAUGUUUUCGUAAAAUAUGUUUUCAUCAAUUAAGUUUUCCUUUAAUGGAUCAGUCUUUUGUUCUAAAAAUAACAAUAUCUUUCACUUCCAAAUGGUUGAUAAUCUUAUAGUUUUAUUGUAUUCUAUUUUCCCCGAUUUCUAUUUUAAAUUCCGCAAUAUGCUAUUUGUAACAUUCUGAUAUUGGGUACCUAGUGUUACUAUAACCCAUAAUGUGAACAACUAUCAACUUCAUAUAUUUUUGUUACGAGGACAAAUAAUUUCUUUGUUUAAUCCCUGUGUAGUUUUUAGUCUCAAUCCUUUAUAUUUUCACUUUAGUUUAGAAAUGAAACACUGCCACAGGUACAGGAUCAGGAUAUACUUUCGUGUAAAUACAUUUGCAAUAUAUGAUUUCUUCUUUAUUUUUAAUUGGAUAAUAGUUUUAUUUAUGUAGCAAAGUAUUUCUGUAGAUACAACAAAAUUGAGCAUUAUGUGACUAUAACUCUAAUUAUAAUUACCCCCACAUAUUUUUGUAGAAUAAAAUUGAUUCUAUCAAUA